AUGAGCGCCCCUGCCACUAACUACAAGGUUGCUGAUAUCGGUCUUGCUGCCUUUGGCCGCAAGGAAAUCGAACUUGCUGAGAAUGAAAUGCCCGGUCUUAUUGAGACCCGCAAGAAGUACGCUUCUGUCCAGCCUCUUAAGGGUGCCCGCAUUGCUGGCUGCCUCCACAUGACCAUCCAGACUGCCGUUCUUAUCGAGACCCUCGUUGCUCUCGGUGCUGAGGUCACCUGGUCUUCCUGCAACAUUUUCUCUACCCAGGACCACGCUGCCGCUGCCAUUGCUGCUGCCGGUAUCCCUGUUUUUGCCUGGAAGGGUGAGACCGAGGAGGAGUACAUUUGGUGCAUUGAGCAACAGCUUAACGCCUUCAAGGAUGACAAGAAGCUCAACCUUAUCCUCGAUGACGGUGGUGAUCUUACCCGUCUUGUUCACGAAAAGUACCCCGAGCUCCUCGAGGACUGCUUUGGUCUUUCUGAGGAGACCACCACUGGUGUCCACCACCUCUACAAGAUGGUCAAGGAGGGCACCCUCAAGGUCCCCGCCAUCAAUGUCAACGACUCUGUCACCAAGUCCAAGUUUGACAACCUUUACGGCUGCCGUGAAUCCCUUGUUGAUGGUAUCAAGCGUGCCACCGAUGUUAUGAUUGCUGGUAAGACUGCUGUUGUCGCCGGUUUCGGUGAUGUCGGCAAGGGCUGUGCUCUUGCCCUUCAGAGCAUGGGUGCCAAGGUCAUUGUCACUGAGAUUGACCCCAUCAAUGCUCUCCAGGCUGCUGUUUCUGGCUACCCCGUAAAGACCAUGGAGGACGCUGCUGCCGUUGGUCAGAUCUUUGUCACAACCACUGGCUGCCGUGAUAUUAUCACUGGCGAGCACUUCAAGGUUAUGCGCAACGAUGCCAUUGUCUGCAACAUUGGUCACUUUGACAUUGAAAUUGACGUUGCCUGGCUCAAGGCUAACGCCAAGUCCCACGUUAACAUCAAGCCUGGUGUUGACAGAUACCUCAUGGAGUCUGGCUCUCACAUCAUUCUUCUUGCCGAGGGCCGUCUCGUCAACCUGGGCUGUGCCACUGGCCACUCUUCUUUCGUCAUGUCCUGCUCUUUCACCAACCAGGUCCUUGCCCAGAUUGCUCUCUUCAAUGCUGACAACAAGGAGUUCCUUGCCAAGCACGUUGAGUUUGCCAAGUCUGGUCCCUUCAAUGUCGGUGUCCACGUUCUCCCCAAGAUUCUUGAUGAGACUGUUGCCCGUCUCCACCUCAAGCACCUUGAUGUUAACCUUUCUAUUCUCUCUCCUGUCCAGUCUGACUACCUUGGAAUUGCUCCUGAGGGUCCUUACAAGGCUGACAUUUACAGAUACUAA